UGACUUUCUUUGUAUCAAGCCACGUCUAGAAUUAUAUAUAUUAUCAUUCACUUCCCUCCUUGGCCCUUCCUUUCCAGACACAAGAAAUCCAUUCAAGAUUCAAACCCCAUUCAGAAAUCUUAUCAACAGCUAUCAAUCACAACGUUGAGACCUCAAACCACACAAACUCAUCCUCAUCCUCAUCCUCAAUCUAAAUUUAAACCAAAUACAACAACUCAAAAUGUGCACCUCAACCUCCACCGGCCUCGUCAACCGCAACGGUCCUGGCUCCGCAGCCUCAUCUACCAUCUCCGAUAUCGUGAAGGGUACCAGUACCACUGGAAAGACAAAGUGUUUGGAGUGUGAUGGAUACGAAUGCUGUUGCAUUCCUAUUCCUUGCACUGUUAUGUGAGGUGCUGGGAGACGAUUGAGAUUAUGGGGAAUCGAUGAAGGGUGGAUGACGACGUUUUCCUGCGAUGCUAGGGAUGGAAGGGGAGGAUUUUGGAAUACCAUUUGGUGAUGAGAGAUUGUUUACAUGGAUUUGGACUUUUACUGGUGUUUGGAAAAUGGGAAGGAGAGCUAUGCGAUUGCUGAUAUUAUGAAUAAUGAAUGGAUACCUUUUUCAACGUUGAGCUGUGCUUCAGAAUGAGUCCCUUGUUAUCUAUAUUAUGAGUAUGUCUUCUUGGU